UUUCCCCGGCAUUCGCCACACGGUUUACGGUGCUGACGAGACUUGUUGCCUAUCUCUCGACGUUUCUUAAACUAUAUUAGUACAAUAUGCGUGAAAUUGUGCACAUCCAAGCCGGACAGUGUGGUAACCAGAUCGGUGCGAAGUUCUGGGAAGUGAUCUCAGACGAGCACGGCAUUGACCCCACCGGUAGCUAUCACGGCGACUCGGAUCUCCAGUUGGAACGCAUCAACGUCUACUACAAUGAAGCCUCCGGUGGCAAGUAUGUACCACGUGCCAUACUCCUCGACUUGGAGCCAGGAACAAUGGACUCUGUUAGAUCGGGACCUUUCGGUCAACUUUUUAGGCCAGACAACUUUAUCUUUGGCCAGAGUGGUGCUGGAAACAACUGGGCAAAGGGCCACUACACAGAAGGAGCUGAGCUGGUUGACUCAGUGUUGGACGUAGUGCGAAAGGAAGCUGAGGGUUGUGAUUGCCUCCAAGGCUUCCAGCUUGCCCACUCACUCGGAGGAGGAACUGGAUCGGGAAUGGGCACUCUCCUGAUAUCAAAAAUCCGCGAAGAAUACCCCGACAGGAUCAUGACCACAUUCAGUGUUAUGCCUUCCCCAAAGGUCUCUGACACAGUCGUAGAACCAUACAACGCCACUCUCUCAGUUCACCAGUUGGUUGAAAACACGGACGAAACUUUCUGUAUUGACAACGAAGCUCUGUACGACAUCUGCUUCCGUACUCUCAAGCUCACCACACCCACAUAUGGAGAUCUCAACCACCUUGUUUCCGUCACAAUGUCUGGUGUCACCACGUGCUUGCGAUUCCCGGGUCAGUUGAAUGCUGACCUCCGAAAGUUGGCAGUCAACAUGGUACCCUUCCCCCGACUCCACUUCUUCAUGCCAGGCUUUGCUCCCUUGACAUCUCGUGGUAGCCAGCAGUACAGAGCCCUUAGUGUUCCAGAACUGACCCAGCAGAUGUUCGACGCCAAGAACAUGAUGGCUGCCUGUGAUCCGCGACACGGACGUUACCUGACUGUUGCAGCAAUCUUCCGUGGACGCAUGAGCAUGAGGGAAGUUGAUGAGCAGAUGUUGAAUGUCCAGAACAAGAACUCCAGCUACUUUGUCGAAUGGAUCCCCAACAAUGUGAAGACCGCAGUCUGUGACAUUCCUCCUCGUGGUCUCAAGAUGUCCGCCACAUUCAUUGGGAAUAGCACUGCCAUUCAGGAGCUGUUCAAGCGUAUCUCCGAGCAGUUUACGGCUAUGUUCCGUCGCAAGGCUUUCUUGCAUUGGUACACUGGAGAAGGCAUGGACGAGAUGGAAUUCACAGAGGCCGAAUCCAACAUGAACGAUCUUGUAUCCGAAUAUCAGCAAUAUCAAGAAGCAACAGCCGACGACGAAGGCGAAUUCGAAGACGAGGACGCCAUAGCCGACACUGCUUAAAUUGCUCGCUGGAAUGUCUCUCCUAUAUUUUGAUUGGCUAGACCGAAUGAUGAAGUUCCGGAAUGGCUGUCAUCACUGGAUUGGCUUCAAUAUUUUAUGUCUGACGAACAAAAUUUCGGACAACUCCAGGCUGUAAAAUUAGACGUUGAGAAGCAGAGUUGAAAUUUUAAUAAAGGACCAAAGAGAAAACUGUCUCCAGCGAACCUGUCA